CGUCUCGGAAGAGCGAGCUUGAAUGAGCGGUAGCGCGCGCUCAUGUGACGCGCGAGGAUCCGGUGCGCGCGACUGGUGUAACGGCGGCGUCGGCGGUGGCGCUUUGAGACUCCGCCGCACCACAAGCGCCGGUCACAGAGGCACUUGACGCAACAUCCACGAAGGAGGCGCACUCAAACCAUUCCAACUUUCCUUCUCUCCAAUUCUCAGGACUGAGAGGAUCCACAGCGGACCCGCAUCAUGCCACGCGCCCGGCGUCUCUGAUCCAUUUCCACAUCUUAGUAUCAGAAUGCCUCAGGACCUGGGUGUAUCAGGAGCUGAAAAUGCAACUGCUUUUGUUGUCGCACCAAUCACUGGACAGGGAGAACUGAAGACAUCUUACUGUUCCUGUGAGAACCAUGAGCACUGUGGAGGAAGAUCCGGAUCACAUGAUACCAUGAAGAGAAGCCUGCAGGUCCUGCCUAACCAGCUGCUGAGCAUUCUUCUGAUCCUGUCAGUACCAGAGAAGCUGGUAUCCUUUGCAGAGGAGCUCUCCCCGAGCUGGGCACCACGGAGCCUUGUCUCCAUGUUACAUUCGCCAAACCCACCUGGCUGGUGGAAGGGGUCUAGUACUGGUGGCCAGCCCACUUUCACAGGUCCCAAUGUACCAGUGUCUGCCCUGACAUUGACCCAGUUGCUGAUACCUCACCUGGAUCACACUACCACAGUCAAGACUAGCUUUGGACCAAGUCCAAUGCCUAGUAUUGAAUCAAGAGACCAUCCCUUCAGAACUGGGUUCCAGAUCCCUGUUGGACCUGAGUCUAACAGAACCAGCUCCGGAUCUAUCAUUGGACCAUCCAUGGUGUGGAAUUCAAGUACUAUUUCUGGGAACCUGGCCAUAAAGCCUUCAUAUAUCAGUAGGAGGCCAAGGAGCAUAAUGAACCAACCUGGGAUGGUCAGUAGAAAGCAGAAGGUAUCUACAGAGUCAGACUCUAAUGUGGCCCCUGCUGCUGUUGGGCUUCAAAGAACUGAGUAUUCCCGACUAAGGUCCACAAAUGAUUUGGAGCACGUAAGGUCCACUGAUAACACCCAAGGGAUGAGUGUUGAAGAGCCAACCAACCCCAGUUACCCUUACUCUUCAGUGAUGUCAUCAUGGUUAUCCAUCCCUGCUAUGGCACUUGAGAAAAGCCUCAGGCAGCAUGCUCAUUCCAUCAAACAGCGUGAUACUGCCAGUCUUCCUGAAAGCUCUACGGGGACGGUGCCCGUGUCCCCGUCACAACUGCAGCCCACUACUCUGCCCACCUAUUUUUCCCUCAGCACAACUGCGCACGUGGAAACAAAUGACGUUACCUUCCCUACUUCCACUGUGGCUACUCUGGACAGCAGCUCAGCAAAGACAUUAGGUGGCACAAAUACGCCUGUUAACGUAACCAGUGAUGCUUUCUCCUCCCAGAGUAAUGUAACAGACACCGGCACCAGCUCCAUUAAUGUCAGUUUAGUUACAUCACUGAAUAUUCCCCCCCUCAAAAAUUCAAGCGCCCCCGAGCUUCUGUCGAGAACAAAUGUGAGUAGACUGCCUACCACUCCUCGAGGGCCCUGGGGCUCAGGGAACCAAUCAGGCCCUGAUCUUGACUCAGCCGAAAAGCAUGCCACUAUUUGCCUGACCAAAAUGGACAUUGUAUGGGUGGUGCUUGCCAUCAGUGUGCCUGUGUCCUCCUGCUCUGUGCUGCUGACAGUGUGCUGCAUGAGAAAGAAGAAGAAGUCAACCAGCCAUGAGAACAACCUGAGCUAUUGGAACAACACCAUCACCAUGGACUACUUCAAUCGCCAUGCUGUGGAGCUCCCUCGCGAGAUACUGCCACUGGAAACUGUUGAUGAGCGGGAGACAUGCCUACCCCCUAAUGGUGACUACAGCGACAGUGGUGUAGUGCUGGUUAACCCUUUCUGCCAAGAGACUCUCUUCAUCAACAGAGACAAGGCCUCUGACAUCUGAGCUUGUCACCAUUAUCAAAGCUUGUCUGUUUCUUUUUCUUUCUCAAAGGUUUUUUUUUUAUAUAUAUAUAUAUAAUUUGGUGAAUCUUCAGAGACUGAGCUUUAUAUAUAAGAUAUAUAGACAAGUUUAAAAAGACAAAUGAAUGAAUUAAGAGCACUCUUGCUGUAAGGGUAAGCCCCCUUGCAUAUUUUUUUCCUGAUGUACAUUUUCUACAGAUGCUUAAUUGUGAUAAGGGUUUUUAUGUCUUUUUUGGAUAAAAGCAGUGUGUGUGUGGUUUCUGUGGUGUUCAAGUGGCUUGGAAUAUAAAGCAAUGCAAUGUAUGCUGUAAAGAUGUGUGUGAUCUUACCCAAAACACUUAAAAACUUAAAAGCCUGAUGAACUUGAAUUGCCUGUGUGUGAGGUGAUGCAAAAGCAGAUGACAGUUGGUAUGUGCCUGGGUUCAGGGAGGUACCUAAUCCCUGUAUUAUCAUUGGAAGAGAUGUAGUAGCUUGGUAUGUCAUGAGAUCGAGGAAAUUUUGAGUUUUUGCCCUUAUGAGUCACCAGCGCAGGGACUAUUCGAAAAGUCUAUAGUCCUGUUGUAGACAGCACUGUGUUUCUGUGUCCAGUUGCAUGUGACAUGUCUGGUUUCACACAUGUUUAUACAUCUGUGUGUGUGUGUGUGUGUGUGAUAGAUUAGGGAUCAUAUUAUAUGUUACAGCAUCUCUUAAUUAAACAUGGAGGCCAGUGUUUGAAAUUGUUCCUACAAAUCUCAUAUUUUUAACACAUGAUACUAUUAGCUUGCUUUGUUAAGCUUAGCUGUGUUGGUCAAUUUUGUAUCCUUACAUGCUUUUUUUUUUUUUUUUUUUGGAUACAGUGGCACUUUUAUUAACUCAGAAAGUGGUGGUAGAUGUGUCUCAGAUCCCUCAUGACAAAAAAGCAGUUGUUUUUAAAAAAGGAUAGGAAAGCUUCAUAGUGUGAGGAAGGAAGAAGCCCUUUUGUCUGUUUGUGUAUGUCUUUCUGCCUUUAAAAUUGUUUUAUUGUGAGCACUGAAGUUUGUCAUAUCUUGGACUGCAUUGUUUUAUGCUGAAAGAAUAAGACCAAAAGUUGUCACUCUGUAGUUCUCCUCUGGUGUUUAUUGCUGUAUUGUACAGUUUUUUUCUGGAUGAUUAUGAGUAUAAAACACUGGAUGUAAUAGAGUAAAAGUAUUAGAAUAAGUGAUCAAAUCAGAGAAAAUAUUUUAUACUGCAAUAUUUACUUUGAGCUUAUGUAUGAACAUAUUGUUAUUCAGUCAGUCUUUCAGUAAAUGUACCACAUAUUGAGUCAGCUCAGUAACAGUUUCUGUUGUUUAAUUGUCUGUGUUUAUCCUUUUUUUUUUUAAAAAAUCUUUUAUCAUCCUGUUAUUUUUAUUUUACAUUUAGGAAGGAUAUAUAGGAGGGAUAUUGGGUUUAUUGCUGACUGCUUUACAGAGUUAUUAGAAGAGAGAAUCACAUUUUCAACUUAUUUUUUAUUGUAGCACAUACACUGUACUUUUUAACUGCUGAGCAAUAAAAGAAAAAAUGGUU